CUUUCCCCUUUUUAUCUUUUCAAGAAGGAAAUCCUUUUCCCUUUUGAAGAGUCAAGCUUAGGAGUGUUCACACCCCACGAUCCACCACGUUGCGAAUCUGCUAUUCAAGUUUGUGGCGUCUCACCCCUGAAAUUUGAGGCAUCCAGCAGCUUGUAGGAUCUAAUUCGCACUUCCAUUCAUUGUAUCACGUUUUGCCCCAAAUUACAUCAGACUUUUCGCUCCCAAGUUCUUAGUAUCUCAUUCUAGCUUCUUCCAUUCCAUCACCAUUCUGAAGGGAUCUCUUGACUUUUGAGUUUUGAAAUUACAAAAGAGAAGGACCAACAUCUAAGCGUUGAGGAACAUGUUCGGCCAACCAGAUCCCACGCUCCAGCGCGCAGCCGAAAUAGCAAAGCCACCGCCGAAGGGCCAGCCUUACAGUGUACCGAUUCUUGGAUCGCAGUCGGAAGGUCGCAGUGCUGUGUAUCGGCACUGGAGGUACAGGGAUGGUCCUAUGAUGGAGAGGCUUGACGAGAGCAUCACAACUGCACACGAAGCUUUUGAGGCAUCAGCUACAAGAUAUCCACGGAAUAAAUGCUUAGGCAGCCGUCCUUACGACCCGGUAUCGAAAACGUUUGGUGCAUACCAAUGGCAAGACUACCAGACAGUUCAAACCCGGAGAAAGAAUCUAGGUGCAGGCUUGGUACAUUUACACCGCAAGUCAGGGGUUGAGGGACGGCACUAUGGAGUGGGUUUAUGGUGCCAGAAUAGACCUGAGUGGCAGAUUACAGAUCUGGCAUGCAUGUCUCAAAGUCUGUUCACAGUUUCGAUAUACGACACCUUGGGUCCGGAUACCACAGAAUAUAUCGUCAACCACGCAUCCCUGACUUGCGUCGUCACAUCUCUAAACCACGUCACCACACUGCUAAAGCUAAAGCCUCGCCUACCUACGCUCAAAAUGAUCGUCGUGCUAGAUCCAAUUUCUUCCGGUGAGCUCCCAGGUCAGUCCAAAGGUGAACUCUUGAACUCUCUGGCUAGUGAGAUUGGAGUAAGUAUUUACUACAUCGAGGAUGUAGAGGCCUUGGGAGAGAAGGAACCAAUUCCAUAUAGCCUCCCCAAACCCGACGAUGUCAUCACGAUUAACUACACUUCUGGUACUACAGGUGACCCCAAGGGUGUCGUACUCACGCAUAGGAACGCAAUAGCGGGAAUAUGUGUAAGUAUGAUUGUCAUUGGAUGUUCACCAGACCAGGUCAUGUGUUCGUUCCUUCCACUGGCGCAUAUCUACCAGCGACUAGGUGAACAUCUUGCUCUCGCAACUGGCGCCGCAAUUGGCUAUUUCCAUGGGAACAUUGCGGAGCUCGUCGAGGAUUUGAAAAUCCUGCGCCCGACCUCCUUCGCUGGCGUUCCGCGGCUGUACAACAAAUUCGGGUCCGCGAUAAAAGAGGCUACUGUUAAGCAAUCUGGAUUUAAGGGCAAAUUGUCGCGACAUGUCGUGGCUACAAAGACUGCUGCGCUUAAGGACAAGGAGAACCCUACGAACAAGCACGCUCUGUACGAUCGAAUCUGGUCGAAGAAGGUUGUUAGAGCAUUUGGGUUAGAGCGGUGUAAGGUGAUGGUUAGUGGGUCGGCGCCGAUUGACCCUGGUCUACAACAGUUCCUGAGAAUCGUGUUCGGAAACAACUUCAUCCAGGGGUACGGAUUAACCGAGACCUAUGCGGUCACUCUGGUUCAGCUCGACGGCGACUUGACGGCGGGAAAUUGCGGCGCGGUUGUGCCAACGUCCGAAUGCUGCCUUUUGGACGUCCCAGAUAUGGAGUACCUCUCCACCGAUAAGCCACAUCCCCGGGGGGAAUUGCUAAUUCGUUCAUCGACGUUGUUUAGGGAGUACUUUCGUAACGACGAGGAAACGAAAAAAGCGAUGGAUAGUGAGGGGUGGUUCCACACUGGAGAUAUCUGUCAGAUUGACGAGCUCGGCCGCUUCAAGAUCAUCGAUCGGAGGAAGAACGUCCUCAAACUCGCGCAGGGUGAAUAUAUCUCUCCUGAACGCAUCGAAAACGUCUACCUCGCAAGCUGUGGGUACCUAGCAACUGCAUACGUCCACGGCGAUUCCCACCAGAGCUUCCUUGUCGGUAUCUUUGGCGUUGCACCGGAUGCUUUUGCGCCUUUUGCUAGCAAGGUCCUUGGUGAGAAAGUGGAUCCGGUUGAUUUAGAGAAGCUGGAGAAAAUUGCUCAGAACAAGAAGAUCGAGAAGGCGGUGAUCAAAGAAUUAGAUAAGGUGGGGCGGAAGAACAAGUUCAACAGCUAUGAGAAGGUUAGGGCAUGCAGGCUGUUCAUCGAUCCUUUUACGGUCGAGAACCAGCUUCUGACUCCCACACUCAAGCUCAAGCGUCCGCAAGCUGCUCGGUGGUUCAGGGACCACCUCGAUGAACUGUACGCUGAAGCGUUGGAGGAGGAAGAAAACGGCAAGAUCAAGGCGAAGUUGUAGAAUCACACUUUGUCCUUUUCCCCUUGCCUUCUUUUUAUUGUUCAUGGCUUGCAUAUUUGGUUGCUUUAGAGAGUAGACGUGGUGGCAUUGUCCUGCAUAUUCAUACAUGUGUAUUUCAAGAUUCUGGAGGGUGGUGAGCUGCCUCUAGGGGCAUUUUGUGCUCGCUGUGUGACUAGCAGUUCGAGGCCAUAAAUGAUUUGGUAGAGAAUUG